AUGUCUGACUCUCAUUCUCACGACCACGACCACGACCACGACCACGACCACGACCACGACCACGACCACGACCACACUCACACUCACACUCAUGACCACGACUCCUCACACUCGCACUCGCACUCACAUGCACAUGACGGGACGCCCGUUCAUCUAUUCCAAGCGACGUCUUCCGACGAGCAACCCCCGGACGCAUGGCGCGAGAGCGGGGUGCGCGUGAUCCCCGGAGACAAGCUCGACACCAACACGUCGCAGACUCCCGGCAUGAGCCGGGCGGCGGCGAUCACGACGGCGCGGGUGGGCGCGCAGAAGCUGUGGGCAGGCACGGUGACGAUCCACCCGAAUGCGAAGACGGGCGCCCACCACCACGGCCAUCUGGAGAGCGUCAUCUACGUGGUCAAGGGCAGGGCGCGCAUGCGCUGGGGCGAGAAGCUCCAGUUCACCGCCGAGGCCGGGCCCGGCGACUUCAUCUUCGUGCCUCCCUACGUACCGCAUCAGGAAAUCAACGCCAAGGAGGACGAGGAGCUGGAAUGCGUGCUGAUGCGCAGCGAUGGCGAGGCCAUUGCCGUCAACUUGCCGGACGUGGUGCCGGUGGAAGAUCCCGUUGGUGUUAAAUGGAUCGAUCCGACGCAUCCAACGGGAGGAGUGUGA